UCAGAGGCAACAGGCAGCACCAGCGUGGAGACACGGCUCUGUCAGCUCGGAUCAGAAUGGAUUGUGCUGGCGACAGCAUUAGCCAACUGCCAGCCAUUCUGGAGUCUGACAGCGAGUCCUCUGAGGAUGAAGAAGUGGCUACGCAUGAGACCCUCCUCCAGGAGAGGGAUGAAGCUAAAGAGAAGCUGUCUGAGUUUGAGCAAGCUUCGCAGAGGCUGCUGGCAGAGCUCUCGGCGCUGGAGGUGGAGUAUGAAAUUGAAAUAUCGUGUCGCAAACAAGCCGAAGUCUACGCAGCCCAGGUGAACAGGGAGAACAAAAAGCUGAAGCGGAUCAGCAUGGCACUGCUGCCCAUGAUGAACCAGCUUCCCGAGGAUGUGCUGAGUCUGGCCACUGAAGAAGACUCCCCCUCCGACCCAAGCCGAGAUCCAGCAUAUCUGUACCUGCAGCAGAUCAAAGAUUUGCAGGAAAAGCUUUCCAGGCUGCUGGGGCAGAAGAAGGAGCUCACCAUCCAAGUGCAGGAGCUGCAGAGCCAGAUCAGAGAGCUCGGGGACCAGGUGGAAGAGGAGCGAGCAGAGAGGCGGUCCCUGCAGGCCGCCAUGGACCGGAGUCACACGGCCCUGAAGCAGUACAAGAGAGUGUCCCAGAUGGUCGCUCAGGAGUACAGCGAGACCAUGCAGCAGCUGGAGCUGGAGCAGGACCUGAGGCAGCACGCGGAGACCUUUGCCCACAAGAUGCUGGUGAAGCAGAAGGAAGCCAACAGGCAGAGCAUGAUCCUGCUCCAGAAUGUGGGCCCCAACGCCCAGCUGCUCCAGGCCCUGAACGAGGUGGCCAGCCUGACUGGGAUGCUGGAGGAAGCCAAGCGGGAGCACCAGAAAAAGGUGAAGGGUCUGGAAGAGCAGCUAGAGGGGAGCCAGGAGGAGCUGGGCACCGUGCGAGCAGACCUGGCUGCAGCCGAAGCAGAGAAGCUGCAGCUGGGGGAGAAGCUGCACCAGGCAGAGGAGAGGAACAUGGUGUUGGAAAGGAAAGAUGUGGUGUAUUUUUUAAUGCAAAUUAGCAGCUGGGAAGAGAACGGAGGAGCCAUCAUCGUGUGA